AUGACAACUCCUUCCGAGCCUCCCGUGAAUGAUGAGGAUUGUGUGAGGCUUAAGAAACUAGGGGACCAUGUUUCUGAUGGAAACACCCCCAAGCCAGUGACUGGCAGUCCGUCUAGCACGAUGACGGGCAAGUUCAGUGGGGUACGCAGACUGAGCACCAUCUCGGAGCAAGAGCCCGACAAGCUGGACACAGGUCCCGGUUCCCGUGAGCCCCUGGGUGGCGGCGAGUGGGGUGGUUCCGUCUUCUCUGUGUGUUCUGACAAGUUUAAGAACAGCAGCAGUCAUUUCUCAUCUGAUGAUUCAUAUCAGCCUGGCACCGGAGAUGACUGUGCGGGACUUCUGCUCGCUUGUCUGCAUUGCCGUUUCCACGAGUUAAUGGUCCUGCUACCGGAUACAUGCGAGAGGGCUGUGAGCCGCUGUUUUCCCUCGUCCAGAUACGUCAUGGCGACCAGCGAGGGGGACCAGCAGGGGAAGGACUGCUUCAAUUACAAGCUGGAGCUGGACUGUAAUUUCUGUGGCUCCUGUCAGGACGCGGGGGAACUUCUAGAGCUGGCCAUGGAGAUAUCAGAGAUGUGCUAUCGCUGA